CUCCACCAUUGAACCAUCGCGCCUCCCUCACUCCCUCAGCUCCUUCCUCACUCACCAAACUCCCUCACUGACUGUCUUCGCAGCCUUUAUCGUCGACCCUCACUCCUACGCCAUGUUGUGUCAUCACCGCAGUCCCGACGCUUGUCGUCUAGACCCUCCAACCCCAGUCACAGGCACUGUCUCCCUGGUCAGCAUUAUGGUCAUCCCUAAACCCCAAUCUAACCCCACCUUUAACCACUACAGUCGCCCCUCAUUAGCCACCGCCAUCUCCACUGCCAGCCCUAGCCCCUCAAUUGUGCCACCGCGAACCAUUCCGCAACAACCCCACAGAGCUACGCCCAGACGAGUGACCAGCACCGAGAGCCACACAACCGCCACCACUGCAGAUCAGUCGUGCCGUCGUGAACCUCCAAUCUCGGACUUCAUUCUCACUACCUGUGUCGCGAAUCGCAAACUCCAUGGCCAGCCGCGAGCCACCACCUCUGAACGCCAACAAAUCCUGACCAUGCCCAGCCAACUACUGCGAGCCCUCCUCUUGGACUACCGUAUCGAGCCUCUGCCUUCAUCAGGCCACACUUACCUCACACGCGGUCUCCUCCAUCGCCAGCUACUACACCACCGUGAGCACUCAUGCCCUCCUUGUUAUCGCAGUGCCGAUCAUGCCUCCUCCUAA